AUGUUGAACAUUCCUAAAAGAGUCAGUAUAAUUGUAAAGCGUGGAGAGAAUUUGGAAUACACUUCAACACUUAAAAAAGCUUCGAAAAAUCGUCGAUGGCGUGUUAUAUUCUUAGGUGGAGCAGAUAAACUAGCCUCAGAUUAUGUUGAUGCAGAAAAUGGAUGUCCAACAUUUGAUUGUGAAGUGACAUUAGAUUUGAUUAGUCCAUCAGAUCCAGUUUCUUUACGUGUUGUUGAUGGAGAUAAUCAUCACAUUGGUCAAGUUAAUGUCCCAUUAAAUCAAAUUCCACAAACUGGCGAUCCACAUUUCGAUCUGUCACGAUUAUGUUAUUCUGAAUUAGAACCAACACGAAAAAAUUCUCAUCCACAUGGACGUUUAGUUUAUUGGAUUUGGGCUAUUGACUAUUGGCCACCAGGAACUCAAGCUAAUACCAUACAACAUUCCAAAUCAUCAUUACGUGGUUCAUUGACACAUCUUGGUUCAAAAAUACGUUCAAAAUCUAAGCAUAAAUCUAAAAAUGAUAAUGGUUAUACAAAUGGUUAUCAAACAAGUGAAAUAAAUGGGUCAUCAUCAUCAACUACUACUUUACAAGUACCAACCGCUAAACAUAGAAAUAUAUUAAAGAAAGUUCGGUCGAAAAUUUCACAUAGUACACUUAAUUUAGCUGAAGCAGCUGCUAAGAAAGCUGCUGGAAAAGAUCCUUAUUUUCAAAGUCUUGAUAAAGGAUCAAAAUCAAAUUUAAGAGGAAGUCAAUCGUCCAUCGGCGGAACAUCGUAUCGAGCUGCAACCUCUCAAUUGGAUCUUUCUACUCAACCGAUCAAUGUGAAUAAUAGUUUUCCAUCGCAAAGUUUAUAUCCUCGUGACGAUUCAGGUAAAUCAAGGAUAUCAGCUAGUUCAUUUUUAGAUGAACAAGGUGUCGCAACACCUAUUCAACAACGAACUGAUGGAGUUGGUGAAGUUUCAGUUGCACCUUUUGAAUCGCCAGGUAGUUUUCAUAUCUCAACAUUCGCUUCUCAACUUGGUGAUCGACCUAGUAAACCUAUUGAAGAUAUGACAAAGCGUGAAACAGCUGAAUAUGUGACACACUUAUUGAAAUCAUUACAAACUGCUCAAACAGAAAUUACUCGUUUACAAAUAGAAAAUGAUCGUUUAGUUGGUCAUUCACGUGAAACCGAAACUGAACUGAACGAUGUUCGUAUGACAUUGGCCACAUUACGCAAUCGUCUAUUAGAAGAUAAUCUUACACAAUAUCUUGAAUUACCACCGAAUGAAAUGAAUGGUUAUAUGAAUAGUAAUAGUAGAUUAGGCAGUAUUGUUAGUGGUGUCAGUAUGCGUGGUUCUAUGCAUCAUCAUACUACUGGUGCUGCUUCUGCUGCUGUGCCUGCGCCUGCGCCUGCUUCUGCUGCUGUUGAUGCUAAUGUUAAUAAUCCAUUUCAAGAUAAUGUACGACAUGAAAGUAGCCUAGAGUCGUCACAAUCAUUCUUAUCGAAAAUCUCCGCGUUAGGCAUGAAUGCUCGUUUAACCAAUAUCAUUCCAUUGACUAAUAAUAAUAAUAAUCAAUUACAAACCAAUGGAAACAGCGCUAAUUCUGGUGGUGGAGGUUGGUGGUGA